AUGUCGACCGGCAUUGGUCCAUGGGGUGAUAAACAUGAUGAACAUCAUGUUGGCCUUAGUCGUCGUUCAUUUGAUCAAGAGUAUGAUAAGACGUCACCAUUUGAAUUUACCAAUCGUUCGUUUGCUCGACAACAACCAUGGCGUACAUAUCCGAUCUUAGGUGGAGAAACAGGUGAUGAGUUAGAUACACAUCCAUUAAUAAAAGAACAACGAGAUAAAUUACUACCAAAUAAAUCAUUGAAUCCUGAAUACAAUCGAUAUUUUGAUGAAAUUGAAAAGAAAGAGACCAAAGAUGGAAAAUUACAAAUAAGAGAAGAUCAUUUAGCACUUUUCUCACCACAAACAAAAAAGGUUAUUCUUUUUGACAUGGGUUUAAAACCAAGUGCAGGUGAUAUUGAUCGUGACCACGCUAAUAAUCCACGUUAUCGUGUUUGGGGUUUGCCAUAUUUUAUGGCUCCAUAUGAUGCUCGUGUUCUUUUUCCAAUCGGUUUUUCAGCAGUGGUAUUAAUGCGUAAUAUGUAUUUACGUCGACCUUUUUUUUCAGCAAGACCUGUUUAUGCGGCAACGAUCGUUGGUGGAUUCUUGUUUGGUUCAUGGUGGGGAAAAUUUCGUGAACAACGUAUGCUAGAAAAAGAACUGAAUAUUUGGGAUUAUGUUCGGCGACAUCCUCAAGAUUUUCCUGAAGUAUUUGAAAAACGACGAACAUAUAAAGAAAUCUUUCAAUCAUGGAGACCACUACGUUAA